CUCUCCUUCUGAAACAUGGCGAACGAAGUUGAAUUACAAAAAGCUCAAAAUCAUCUGAGCUUGCUUCGUCAGGAGUAUGUGAAGCUACAAAAUAGAUUUGUCGAGCUGGAGCAAAAAUACAACUUGCUUCUUGUCGAAAGUGGCGGCGGGGAUUUUGAAAAGGAUAGUUUUGUUGCAAGACUUUUAAAAAGUGUGGCUGAGCUAUUUGACAAAGAACUCUAUAGUGAUAUCACAGUCAAGUUUGCAGAUCAAAGAUUAAGUGCCCACAAGUUUAUCUUGGCAGCAAGAAGCGAUUAUUGGAGCAACCGUGAUCUCAAUGAACUUAGUGAGUUGGAAUUAAAAGACAUCAAUGCUGAAGUUGGUCUCACCUUAAUGAGAUGGGUUUACACAGAUAAAGCAGAAAUAAAAAAUGAAGAGAAUUUCCUUGUCAAUCUUGUGAAAGCUGCAAAUACGUAUAAGCUGACUGAUCUUCGAGGAAGAUGUGAGAGAAUGCUUAUGUCAUCUGUAUCCGUCUCAAAUUGCAUCAAGUUUUAUCAGACUGCCGAGGAUAUUGGUGCGAUUGAACUGAGAAAAUACUGUGAAGAAAUAAUCACAAAUCAUUGGUCGGAUUUGAAGACAAAAGAUUUUGCCAACAUGUCUGCUUCACUUCUUUAUCAAAUGUUUAAGAAGAAGUCAUCAUUUCCUCUACAUCUAGCUGUCAAACACCAUAGAGAGGAUGUUGUAUUUUUGUUUCUUAUUGAGUUUAAUUCCAAGCUUCCUCAAAUAUUAGAUGAAUUCGACCCAUCCAUUGGUGGUGUUCCUCUGGAUAUAGCCCUACAGGAGCAACAAGAAAGUAUUGCUAGACAGCUCGUCAGCAAUGGUUGUGACGUCAAUGUUCCCGACACGGCUGGCUAUUGUUUGCUUCAUAAGGCAAUCAAACGCGGUGACGAAUUCGCGUCUACAUUUCUGAUAAAAAAUGGAGCGAAUGUCAAUGCUGUGACUAUGUCAGACAAGAUAGCACCAUUACACUUGGCCGCGUCAUAUAAAGCGUGGUCGGUCAAUCACGACAAAGCGAUCGAUGCAUCCAGCAGGACGUCCGCGGAGGGAAUGAGACGAGUUGCUCAACUGCUAUUAUCUUCAUUUGCUGAUCCCAAUAUGCAAGAUAUCAACGGAUGUACGCCUUUACACCAAGCAAUAUUGUCAGAGAACGAGGAAAUUCUAAGUCUUCUUUUGGAACAGAAAAAUUUAAAUUUAGAAAAAAAAGACGAUAAAGGUCGAACGCCAUUAUGGUUGUCGUUGACAAUCGCCGAUAAUAAAUUUGAUGCCGACGACACUGAGUCCGUUCCUGCCAGACUUCACGAAGCUGGUGCCUCUUGUGAUUGUGUUGAUGGAACAACCGGUGAUUCACUUUUGCAUCAGGCUGCCAAGCAAUCAAGGCAAAAAGCUGGAUUAUUUCUGGCCAGUCACGGUGCUGAACCAAACGUAACAAACAAUGUUGGUGAAAGUCCACUUCAUAGUGCGUGUUCCACUGGUUUAAUCGACUUGGUGUCAAAGUUAUUGCAAUGUGGUUCCAAUCCCAACAUUCAAACAAUUGAAACCGAUGAACUUAGACAAAAGUCAUCGCAGCGUAGGAAAUAUCGGUUGGAUGCACGCGCUGAAGCGAGACGCAAAGCCAUUGCUAUAGCAACGGAUUUGGAGAUUGAGAAAAUACAAUCCAUCCAUGCAGCCGAAGGUAAAGAGAAGAGGAGUAGUAAACGUGAUUCAAAUAGCGUCAAUACAGAUUCUGUCAAUGGAGCUCCUCCAAAUGACUCGUUCGAAGCUGAUUUAGGCAUCAGUAAUCCGUUUUUAAACGACGAUAUAUCGUCGUUAAGUCCAUCAGACCUGAGCAACCCUUUCAUUGACGACAUCCGCGCUGCAUCGGCAGCCACAGCUGUUGCAAGAGGAGAUAAAAAUCCAUUUGAAAUGACUUCUACUGACGAGCAGAAGGCCAUUAAUGCAUCAGCGAGCAACUGUGACGUCAUUCUUGAGCCACGGAAGGCGUUCUCCGAUUCAGAAAUAGAGCAGAUUAUACUAGAGCAUGAUUUGUAUGAGGAAAAUCUCCGUGGACUUGUGAUCGAGUGUCAUGGCAAAACACCUCUUCAUUAUUCCAUCAUCGAGAAGCAUGAAAAUGUUGUUAAUUGUUUCAAAGAGUUUGACGACAAGGUUAGCAGUGGUGGUCGCUUGAAUUUAGCUCCUGACUUCGAUAUUUGUGACGCAGAAGAGCAAUCGGCGUUGGCACACGCGCUCUUUACUGCUCAGUAUCGUUUAGCUGAGAGUCUCUUGGAAGCUGGAGCGAGCAUCGAUCUUCCAGAUUCGGAGGGUUUCACGUUAAUGUUAAAAUCAAUAGUUAGAAAGGAUGCACCUAGUUCCUUGUUUCUCAUCAAACGGGGAGCAGACAUCAAUGUCAGAACAAAGGAAAACCAAUCAGCUCUUCAGUUGGCUAUCGGUCAUCGUUUACAGCCAGUUGUGGACGCUCUGUGUAGGUCUGGGGCCAAGGUUGACGUCAAUGAUGAGUAUGGCAACUGUGCGUUAUGGGCAGCCAUCAGGACGAAACAGUUUGAUAUUGCUGAAACUUUGGUCAGCCAUGGUUGCGAUGUUAAUGCUUGGCAUCGGGGGACAAAAAAUUGUUCCCAAGCUCUUUUGCAUCGUGCCAUAGAGGAGAAAAACGAAGACGCGGGCUGUUUUCUCAUUAGAUGUAAAUGCGAUAUAAAUAGUCCCCGACGACCUGCGCCUGAUGGAACAGGUGGAGUUGAAGCCUGGGACGGACUCACACCGCUUCAUUUAGCGUGUAUGUCAGGCCUGGAUAAGAUCGUUCAAUCCUUGGUUCAAGAAAAUGCCAAUGUCAACAUUCAGGAUUCGGAAGGACGUGGUCCAAUUCAUGUUUCAAUUUUAAGUGGAUAUUCUAUUCCGACACAACUCCUGCUUGGACAUCCCGAACUUAAUCUUAUGCUUGAAGAUCGGGUUGGUCAAACGCCAUUCGCUGUUGCCUUGGAUACCAAAGAUCAUAAGUCGGCCGAGGCGAUUUUGUCGCGGGAGCCAUUGGCUGCUGAAAAGUACGACAAGAAAGGUCGUAAUUAUCUACACCGUGCAAUCAUCUCUGAAGAUAUUGAGACCGUGCUAUUUCUGAUGGGCGUUAGUGCUAAUAUUCAAACUCCGGUACAAGACUCUAGUCUUACAACACCAUUGCAUCUUGCGGUCAGGGUUGGAUCAGAAAUCCUCGUCAGGCAUAUGAUUCUAGCUGGUGCAAAUGUCAAUGCACCGGACAAGAAAAAGAGAACACCGUUACACGAGGCCGCUGAGCAUGAUCGCGCCAGCAUUAUAUCAGUUUUGCUACUUAAUGGUGCCAACGUAAAUGAAGUCGAUGCAAAAAGAGAUAAUGCUCUUCAUUUGGCAGUUCAGCUUGGACAUAUAAACUCAGUUCGUGUUCUCCUGACUGAAUCAUCUGUGGACGCAAAAGUUUUAAAUGGAAGGGGACAAAAUGCCCUGCAUACUUUGGCUCAGUAUUCAAAAGACAACGCCGGCGCUAUUUUCGAAACAUUUCAGCAAAAUUUGCCCGACUUUCCUAUCAAUGCUCUGGACGUGAACGAAAAUACUGCGCUUCUACUUGCAUAUCUCAAUGGAAACGGGAGACUUUGUCGAGAGUUGCUUAAAUAUGGCAGCACUUUGGCAACUAUCAACAAAGAAGGCGUUUCGAUAUUUAAUGCCCAAGUCGCUUCAAAGAAACUGCUAUUCUCUUUGCUAGACCUGCUGUGUGCUGAACCGCCAUGGUCUGAUGGAAGUUUCUGUCACGAAUGCUCGUUGAAAUUUUCUGUUAAAAAUAGGAAACACCACUGUCGCCACUGUGGACGCUUGUUGUGUGCAAAAUGUUCAAGUAAACAGAUGCCAAUCGUAAAAUAUGAACUUACGAAGCCUGUACGCGUUUGUGAGGUGUGUUUUGAAAUGCUGAGCAAUGCUGGAUUUUACUAAUUCCUUGUGAAGAAGAGAGAGGGUGUAAAUUAAUCAAGGGCGUUGGAAGAUUGAUAAUUUUUUCGGCGGGGCUACUAUUCAUAUGCGCAUGUUUUACUUUGUAAAUUUAUAUUGAAAUCAAUCGUGAUUACGUAUAGGAAUAUUUAAUUUACCCUCCCUCUCAAUUAUCAAUCUUCCGCCGCCUUUGAUAAGCACUAUCGUAAAAAUAUGCCAGUAAUGUUCGUCGCGUGCUUAAUCUUAUGACGAAGAUGUAAAUAAUAUUGUGACCUCCACUGAUAUAGCACUGUAUAAACUCAAGAAUUAUGACAUUUCUUUGGUAUAAUCAACUUGAAAUUAAUGCAACUACGUGCACACCUGUUGCCUUAUUUACAAGUUGUGGAUACGACAGCGAAUGUGGGUGUAGCGAAUUUUACCCGAAUAUAGGUGUGCGUCGUAUAGGACUUCCUAAAAUUCACGUUUUCCGUGUUAAAGAAGUGCUGUUUCACGAUGAUUAUGAAACAACGAAGUAACAUAAAGAAAUUAGUUGUCAUAUUAGUUCCUGCUUUUGCUACAUUUGCAUGCUAUUUAUUACAAAAUUUUCAUGAAAAUUAUGUAAUUUUGUUUCAAUUAUUCCAAUACUAAAUAUGGCAUUGAAUCUUUUGGGCGUUUAUUGUCCAUCGGAAACAUUUGCCGAUUCCGAACUG